AUGAUCGAUAGGUUCAGUGAUCUAUCCAACUCUCUUCUCUGUCACAUCCUCUCGUUCCUUACAACCAAAGAGGCUGUAGCAACAAGCAUUCUGUCGAGGAGGUGGAAGACCCUUUGGACUCGCGUCCCAAAACUCGACCUCGACACUGAUGACAUGCACCUGUCUUUGGAUAAAACAGGCAAGUGCAACGAACCCAUCAAUAUCAGCUAUACAGAUGUUCUGUCCAGAGUCUUGGCUUUGCACAUUGCACCCUUCAUCCGAAGCUUUCGCCUCAGGUGCAAUUCAGAUUGUCCUCCUUUCCAUUUUGACACAUGGAUUCGCACCGCCAUAGCACGUAACGUUGAAGAACUCAAGCUGCUAAUUUUUUAUUCGUAUGGGAUACACAUGGGCUUACCUUGCAUCAUUUUCUAUUGCCAAACAUUAGUGGCUCUGGAAUUAAGUGGUGGAAUUGAUCUUGAUCCUCCUUCGUCCUUUCAGUUACCGAACCUGAAGAUUCUGCGGCUGUUAGAAAUUUAUUAUUGCAAAGACUCUUCCUGUUUUUCCAGGCUCCUCUCUGGCUGUCCAGUACUCGAAGAUUUGUCAUUUGAAAGAGAUGGUUAUGAUUGUUUGUACCACUUUGAAAUAUCUGUUCCUACACUGAAAUGUUUACAUAUCGCGUUUAGACCAUACAGACUCGAUCUUAAUGAUUACACGAUUGAGAUAAAGGCCCCAGCUCUUGAGUACUUCAAAUUUGAAGGUGAUCUGGGCCACAUCGUUUUGCUCGAAAAACUAGACAACUUGUUUGAAGCAGAUGUCUAUAUUUGCUCAUUUGAUGAGUCUGAUUCUUUGGAAGAGAGUCAAAAAAGAUGCUAUGGAGAUAGGGUUUUCAAGCUUCUUCGAGCACUAACUACCGCAAAAUUCCUUUUAUUAUUUCCCGGUGUCACGGAGUGCUUCGGCUUUGGUUCUAUAUAUCCAUCCAAGUUCCUAAAUUUAGUCCAAUUGGACUUCAAACUUAACCCUUCAAACUGGCAUGUGCUACAAGCCUUGCUCCUAGUGGCUCCUAAUUUAGAAGUUCUUGUUGUUGAUAAGAUGCCGUGUUUUUACUGUGGGUGGAGUCUUGUCUAA